AAUGUCUUGUCUGACAAAUAUAUAAUUAGUAAAUUUUUGAUUUUUUUAUCACGGUCUCUUGUACAAAUGGACGAAUAUUAUGACUCUUUAGAUGAAGAGGAGAUAGACUCCGAGAAAGAAUACAGUUUACCAGAAAACGAAAUUUCUCCAGAAGAAAACGAAGUAAUUUAUGCAGAUUCAUUGGAAGACGAACCAAAUAAUGUUAUACCAUUUUAUGAGGGUAAUUUAUGCUUAAAUCAAAUCAAUUUAACUGAACACCAUCCGAAAUCUAACAGCACCUUAGCGGUUAAAAAUAAUAAAUCCAAAAUAAACAUAAAUCCUGCAAACUCGAAGAAAAGUUAUUUAACAAUGUUCUAUGAACGUAAUGGCCAAACAUGGAAGAACUUAGCUAACGUCGAAAAUGACGCAUCUAAAAGUUUCACCUCCUGUGAGGACCCUGAUAUAAAUUAUAAUGACAUAGAUUCAAUGUAUAUCAAAAGUAAUAGCUCUGCGUGUAGUUCAAGUAGAAGCUUGAAAAACGACAAUCUUCUAGUCCCUGAAUUAAGUUUAGACUCAAAUUCAAGAUAUUGCCAACUUUCUGAGAGUAAUGUACACAGUAAUAGGUUUGAGCAAUGUUGUUUUGUUAGUGUGAAGAAACCUGAUGCAAAACAAAUUGAAUGUGUGAUACCAAAUUCUAAGUUGGAGUUAUGGAAACGGCGACAACAAUACGGUAGAAAAGUUAGUGAAACGAAUAGAAUUAAGAUGAACGAAAAGAAAAUUUUACAAAACCUUAAAAGAGAACUAAAAAAUUCAAAAAUAUGUAUAUAAAUAGAACAUACUCAAUACCUUCUUCAUACAACAUAUUAAUCAAUACAUGCGUAAUAAAAUGUAGCUUCAUAAUUAAAAUCUUAUUUGUAAAAUAUGUUUUUAAAUAAAUUAUACAAUUA